AUGGCAAAGAAUCAAACACUCGUCAUGGAGCUAGAAAAUCUUUUGCCAUCUACGGAAACAACAUUGUUAUUUCAAAACAUCUCUAUAGAUGACAUGGACACAUUGAUCUGUGAUAUCUCAACAGGUAAAACUCGCCUCCUGAUACCUUAUGAUAGGAAACAAGACAUUUUUGAAAAAUUACAUAACAUAUCUCAUCUAGCAAAUAAAAGAGCUUGUGAAAAAUAUGAAGCUGCUUUAAGAGCUCUUAAUGAAGAACAACAACAAAAAUCUGCUCGGUACCUAGAAGCUGCACAGAAUGCCAAAGAAAGCGCUCAUGCUGCGACUCAACGAGCAGCAUGCGCUAGCAGUGAAGUAGCUCAAUUACGCAUUGAACUUGAACGAAUGACUCAAGCUUAUAAAAAAGAACAAACAAAAUGUGCUGCCACUGUAAAUAAAUUAACUGAGGUUAUGUCUGGCAAAAAUCCAGAUACAUUAGAACUAAUGUGGCUUGCUAGCUUUCAACAACAGGAACAAGAAGCUGGUGGACGAACUGUCAGUCCAUUUUCUCUUGGCUCUAAUUCAGCUCGUAAUAAAGUAGCCAAUUUGAAAGGACUAGGUCAAGUGAUGACACAUACUAUGCAUAUUGCCUCGAUAUAG